CCUGGAGCCACUAGCAGCAUUAUUAAGUAUUGAACAGCAGUGCCGUGUGGACGUACAGUGGCCCGACUCUGAAAAGCUUGACAAGAGGCCGGGAGUGACGCCCGAGGAACUAUGUUAUUACUAAGAGUGUGUUGGAUGACCUUCCUGCUCGCCCUGGUGGCGAGCAGCGAAGACGCCGCCGAGGUGGAGACCCCCGCCGCCCCCGCCGCCCCCGCCCCCCGCCGCCCCACAGCAGUAGAAGCCAGCGAAGACCCCGCGCAGGAGACCCCCGUCGCCCAGGACCGCUCGGACGCCGCCCUCAUCGGCGACGAAGAGGCCCCAGACCUGAUCGCCCUCGAGUCCUCCGUGGACCGCGACUCGGCCUCCUACGCCCCGCCCCCUCCGUCGGGCCACGGCCCUCCGCCGCCCUCGCCCGUGGCCAUCCCCGUGCCCUUGCCCGUGUCCGUGCAGCCGGGCCGCCUCGUCAUCCCCGGCCUGCCCCGCCAGCCCGGCCCCCACAACAAGGAGGGGUCGCGCCCCCCGCCUCGCCCCUUCGGCCCCCGCCCGCCCUUCCGCCUCCUCCCCCUCCCCUCCCCCCGGCUACGGCGUGCCCCAGGCGAAGCAGCCGCCCACACCCAUCUACAACCCCCCACCCCACCCAAAGCCCACCUACGCUGCUCCCCCCCUCGUACAGCGCCCCCGUGCCCGCCCCCGCCCCCUGUCCUCGCCCCGGCUGAGGGCUACGGCGCCCCCAAGCCCGCUGACGUGUACUCCGAAGGCUCCGCUCCCGCCGUGGCCGCAGCCAUCCCUCCGCCGCCGCCCAUCCACUCUGGCCCUGUGCUUCCUCCCGCCCCGCUGUCUCCUCCCCCGGCUAACUAUGGCAGCCCUAAGCCUUCUGAUGUAUCCCACGGCCGGCAGCCGGUUCCUGGCCCUGUUCUGAACGCACCCCCGCCCCCCGCCCCUCAGCCAUCCUACAACGCCCCCCACCUGCCCCUCAGCCAUCCUACAACGCCCCCCACCUGCCCCUCAGCCGACCUUCAGCGCCCCGCCGCCCGCCCCAGCCGUCUUACAGCGCCCGCCCGCCCGCCCCUCAGCCCGCCCCAGCCUGUCUACAGCUCGCCCCCCGCCCCUCAGCCCGCCCUCAGCGUCGGCCAGUCUCCGUCCUCGAUCUCCGUGUCCGCGCCGGUCGUGUCCCACGGUAGCGUGUCCGCGCCCGCCCCGACCUACAACGUGCCCGACGCCGACGUGUCGGGCUCCGCCAACUCGUACGCGCCUCCCGAAUCGCUCGGCCCCAACGACCCCUGGCCCGCCACCGUGCCCGAGAUGCCCAAGAUCACCGCGCUGGACGUCAAGUGCGAGAAGAACCUGAUGAAGGUCAGCAUCGCCUUCGACAAGCCCUUCUACGGCAUCAUCUUCAGCAAGGGCCACUACAGCAACGUGAACUGCGUCCACCUCCCGGCUGGCCUCGGCCGCUCGCAGGCGACCUUCGACGUGUCCAUCAACGCCUGCGGAACGACCGGCAACACCGAGAACGGCCUCUACGGCUACGGCAGCGAGAGCGGCUCUGGCACGUUCUUCGAGAACACCAUCGUCGUGCAGUACGACCCUCAGGUGCAGGAGGUGUGGGACCAGGCCCGCAAGCUGCGCUGCACGUGGCACGACCAGUACGAGAAGUCCGUGACCUUCCGGCCCUUCCCCGUCGACAUGCUGGACGUGGUUCGCGCCGACUUCGCCGGGGACAACGUGGGCUGCUGGAUGCAGAUCCAGGUGGGCAAGGGCCCGUGGGCCUCCGAGGUGUCGGGGCUCGUCAAGAUCGGCCAAACGAUGACCAUGGUGCUCGCCAUCAAGGACGACGACAACAAGUUCGACAUGCUGAUCCGCAACUGCAUGGCGCACGACGGCAAGCGCGCCCCCAUCCAGCUGGUGGACCAGCGCGGCUGCGUCACCAGGCCCAAGCUCAUGUCCAAGUUCACCAAGAUCAAGAACUUCGGCGCCUCUGCCUCCGUCCUCUCGUACGCCCACUUCCAGGCCUUCAAGUUCCCCGACUCCAUGGAGGUCCACUUCCAGUGCACGAUCCAGAUCUGCCGCUACCAGUGCCCCGCCCAGUGCAGCGAGGAGAGCGCCGUGUACCCCGCCGCGGGCACCAUCGGACGAGCCAAGCGUGAGACGGAGGGCGACGCCAAGGCCGAGCCCGAGGAGCCCAAGGACAUCGGCGUGAACAGAGUGAUCCAGGUCGUGUCGGCGCGAGACCUCACCUUCGUUCUGGACAAGAAGACCGGCACCGAGGAGAUCAAGGAGUCGGAGACGGCGACCCUCGUGGCGCCCCAGAUCGAAGACCAGUCCGGCCUCAUCUGCAUGUCCACGCCCGGAUUCGCCGCGACGCUCGUCAUCCUGCUGGCCAUCCUGAUCGUGUCCUGCCUGCUGUCCGCCUUCCUGUGCCUCAGGUUCCGCGGCUACGGCGACACGCGGUCCAUCAUCUCCUCGUACGAGAACCCGGCCUUCCUGCACAAGAAGGGCCACUUCUAAACGCACAAGACGCCGCUAUUCCUUGAGUACAUAACCGCGGGGGGCACGGGUGUCACGCACCCACCAGCCGUGACUCCACCCGGGUACCCGCACCCGCGCCGUCCCGCCACAAGCCGCGGCGCCAAGGGGGUCGCGGCCGGGCAUUCAGGCGCCAAGAGUCACGCUAACCAUGUGGCGCCGGGAGGGGGGGAGCAGCGCCCCGGGUCACCCUCCCUCCCUCCGCCAAGGGCCGCGUCGCCGGGCCGUCUCGCGUGCGUCGCUCUGCGCGUCAGAGCUCAGUCCUGUGUGUGUGUUGUUACUUGUUACUUACUCUAUUUAUUAUUGUUAUUUAUUAUGUACCUCUUGGCUGCGCUUCUAGCUCUCCCGUAAGCCCAGACGUCCCUCUGCGGUGGGCGUGCGGGCUUGCGUGCCCCGGCUGCUGGCAGCGUCGGGGGCGGGGAGAGGCAGCCGAACCUUGUAAGAUAGUAGGGGUCAGGUCACUUCGCUCAACGAAUGAAUGUUAUCCGAGGCAUGUGUCGGUGCCCCGUCCCCCUCACCCCCCUCCCCCGUACGAGUGUGAUGCCCUACUGUCAGCUUUCUCCUUAGAUGACUUUGCACGAGAAUCUCAUUCGUUUCAUUAAUUUCUAAUGCACCGUAGUACUUCCUGCACCGUAAACCAUAUUGAAGAGAUUGCCAUAGUAACGAUGUAAAAGUUUCACGUAAUCGCAUUGCUGUUUCCAUGACGGUAAUUUUAGUCUUGUUAUUAUUAUUAUCGUUAUCAUUAUUAUCUUUUUUUUUCAUUUGCAUUCCUAUUGAAUUUAGAAUGCCCUUUUCGCAGGUAUACGAGUUUCGUUAAAGACAAGGGUGUAAUGUGUAAAUAAAACAACAGGAUUAAAAGGAGUUUCUUCCCGUGGGGGCGAACUUUGUCGUAAUCUUAGGAGAAAACAACGUGAAGAUGUUGAUGUGAAAGACGCGUCCUCAGAGACAACCAUUUCUGAGGGACACGUCGUAUGGAUGAACUAUAACCCGCGUGUAUAUUCUACAGCUCCCACGUGUCUGUGUAUGUGUGAGAAGGGGCUUGUUUGUGUUUGUUUUUGUCUGUUUAGGCCUAAGAUAAGAGAAUGCGAGAUUUCUUUCCAGUUUAACAAGACGGCGCGGCGUCACAUGGGCCUAUCCACUGACCCAGGGCAAUGCCUAGGGGACUUGUAUAUAUUGAACUCUUUAUACCUCUUUAUUUAUUAUCAUUCGUUAUCUCCUUCGUUAUCCUAGGUAUCGCCCAGUUGUUUAGGUAACUAAUGAGUAAUUAACAAUCACUGAAUUCUAACUGGAGUGUAUGUAUAUAAAUGCAUGAGUGAUCUGUGAUUUGCGUGGAUGAACAUUGUUGUACUUUCUUUGUAAUAAAAUGUUACUUUUA